CUGGUCAUUUUUUGUCCGUCUAUAGAUCCAAAUGCCCUGGGGCAGCAUGGCACUGACCAUGCCCUGAUCGGAGGAGUGGUCGCCGUCGUGGUCUUUGUCACCUUGUGUUUAAUCAUUGUUCUGGGAAGAUACCUGGCCAGGCAUAAAGGAACGUAUUUGACGAACGAAGCCAAAGGAGCCGACGACGCGCCCGACGCCGACACAGCCAUCAUCAACGCCGAGGGCAACCACGCACACGCAGAGGAAAAGAAAGAGUACUUCAUUUAGACUGCAGAGGGAGCUGCGAAGCUCUCUCCAUCUCCUCUCUGCCGUUCAGUCUCUGUAUCUCGUACUCUCUUUCGGUCUCACACUUUUCUUCUUCACCUCUGGCCACUGCCUGCGUCGAGUCGUCAGGGAGCUCACAGGCAUCUCCCCACACGUUUUCCAAUGUUUCGACCUUUUUUCAACCCAUUUUUCCCAUCAGUUACACCUUUUCUUCCUCAGUUCUUUAUUGCCUCAUUUCUAGUUGGUGUUUGUCACAGGCAGCUGCCAGAAAUUGUCCCCCUUCUCAUGAUUUUGCCGUCUUUUGACGUGAGUUCCUGGAAAUCUGUAUAUGUACCAUUGAUUGCUUCUUACGUGACUCCUUGUUCGUCUUUUCUGCUGUUUCCCGCCAAGCAGACACGCAAAUGCAUAUUAUAACUCCUGUGCUCACAAAGACACGUCAUAUCUCACAUCAACACGGUGCCUAAAAAUACAGACGCCAUUGAACUUCUGUCAAUGCCUUCAUGUAUCGUCUGUCAAUAGCAGUGUAAAUGCUUUGUAGAUCAUUUCAUUGCUUAGCUCACAGCUUUUGAUUAUGCGUUGCAUCUUUUUUUUAUUUGAAUGAGACUCUGUGCUGUUUACGCCUUAUACAUGUCUAUCACACUGAAUAUGGUACUUUUAGAAGAUCGGCCGCUCCCAACCCCAUCCCCUCCAAAUAGACCUGUAAUUUAACAGUUGACCCCAUGUAAGAUAAGAAGAAGGCUUUGUGUAACACUGUAGCAAGGUUUGUUGGAUAUGUGUAUAAUAUGAUUUCACUCCUAGGGUAGAUGUAAGGGUAGUGUGGUUUUGUUUAGAGCAGAGAGUACACACCAAAAAUGUACAAAAGACGCUAGAUUAAUUCCAUCCAGUCAACUCGAGCAAGCAUAUUAAACCAUUCUCCAAUUCUGCUGUCCCUGUGUAUUUUAGUCUGCAUAUACCUGUUCUAUGCGGGCAAAACGCCUUCUGCAUCAUCUGGACAGCUUAAAGUAAUUUGCAAUUUAACUAAAGGGUUCAGGUGUACAGAAAAAUAAGUUUCCACUCUCAGAAAGUUGUAAAAAUUGUACUGAAACGACUUAAACAGUUGACUUUUAAGAUUUUAGUUUUUGUUUGUGUAACUCUGAAAUCACAUCGAGGCUUGAAGAUCCAGUGUAACGUACAUCAAACCAUUAGGUAUUACUAAGAAAACAAAAACAGUUACAGUAUGUAAAGGAAAUCAAGUGCUGAUUUAUCUUGCGCCUCUUUCAGUCAUUUUGAUUGAAACAGUGGACAGCUGUCAGCAGUGACUGCUUUUAUUGUUACUUUGUACAAAUACGUAGAUCGUUGGUUUUGCGGUUAUGUAUUGACUGCAAAUAUAAAUCUGACCUUUAAAUUCACUCUUAUGUUUUGGUUAAAUUACUGUUACCAACUUUUCACACUUCCUUUUUCCAUUUGGUCAGUCAGUUUUUAGUUAACCACGCGUCCAUUUCAUUGCGUCUUUAAGUUACUGAAAAAGAAGAAAAAGAAAAACAGUGGUUCAAAGGCUCGAUCAGCAGGGCAUCAUUUCGAAAACGAAAAACUGGAGACAUAGAGAAGCACAAAAAAUUGUCUGAAUAAGUUAGUGCGUUCCUUUGCCAACAAUUAGAUUGCCUCGGGAACAGUUCCUGCAUUCAAAUGGGGAACAGAAAGAUGACAAAGCUGUCUUUGAUUCAGUUCUGGAGGGGAAAAAAAGCUGCAGUGCAUCUUUUUGAAAAUGUAAGUUAAAUAAUGUUUUAUAUAGAAAUUAUGUUUCUAAUAUUUUUGGUUUAAAUUGUUAAAGCUCCCUGCUGUAUAUUGUGUCUGCUAAAAUGUGGUUGAUUGUGAAAAUUACUGUUAAAUUCUUAACUCCUGUAUUGCUUCAAAUUUGUAUAUUAGCCACCUUAUCUAUUUACUUUCUUCACGAUUCAUGACAUAAAUUAGAAGGCUUUAAAACCAGUGUGUUUUCGUUUUUUGUGCAAAGCAUGCACAAUGUGUAAGGACUAAACUUUGUUGAUACACAUUAGCAUGCUUUUGUUUGGUUCCUUUUCAUUAUUACAUUAAUUUGAAAUGAAGUUAUUGGAGAGUGAAAUACAAUGAAGGUGCAUUCAGUUUACAGUGGCUUUUUUGUGUUUGUUGCAUGCCUUCAUUUGGAAACAGUUUUCCGUUUCCAAACAGAAAACUGUAGCUAUCCGCAGAUUGUCAAUUCAAUAAAACAUGCAUUUUGCUCAAUGAAUUCUUAAAAUGCUUCAGCAGAGAGAGACAUCACCUUUAUGUUUGUGGCAAGAAAGUCCUGACGGAUUAAAACAACCAUAACAUAUCCCAAUCUUUCCUCUUUCAUCUGUUUGCCAGAAUUUGGCUGACUUACACUCCUGUGAAAGAGUGAUAAACACCUAAAGAAUAUGUGCUGAUUUACUUAGAGGGAGCAAAUUAUUACCAAGGGCAAUAAAAAAGUGGGCCCAGCUGUCCCCAAUUUGGUGGCCAAUUUACAACAUUAUGCAAAUAGGGUCAGGAAGCAAGGUCUUUCCCUUUGUGUUAUAACUCAAGCAGCAGAGCUGGAGAGAAUCACAGGUUGGAAAUCAUUAGGUCGAUAGGAGCUCAGUCUUUGCCCGACACUUUUCAUACUUCACUUUUAACACUUUGUAUGGGUUUGAAUUCAGAAUCACCACAAACCUGUAGAUCCAAACCAAUGUUCUAGAACAGCUCUUUAGAAAAUGUAUCUAUAACGUUUAUGUAUAUACAUUUAAAAGUCUUGUUUCUUUUUUCUCGGUUCAUUUGUCCGUAUAAUGGUGUCAGUCACAAUGUCAGUUGCUUUUUAGAGAAAUACAGCAAAUUGAGAUUCUGAAGAAUGACACGUAGGAGGGAAUAACACGUUAAAUGAACACUAAGUUGAAUUACAAGGUAAACAGUGCUAUUGACUGAAUUAUGCACUCUGACCAAUUUAAUGUGUUUCCUAUUAUUUGUUAAAAUGUUUUCUUUUUCUUUUCUGAAAACCAUUUGUAAAUAUUUGUUUUGACAUGGCAGUAAUGAGCUGAUUUUUUUUGUUUUUUUGCAAUGUGUUUUUAUAAUCACUAGACCAAACUUAAAUCUUUUUUAGUUUGUUAUUUUAAUAAACUUUGUUCAGACCACCGUGCACUAUUUUAUCUUACAGAUUAAUUUGUGGAGCUCUGUUUUUAUCGUAGUUAUUCUUAUUUGUUGCCGGUUGAAACUAAGCUUUAAAAAUGAUGCCUACUUCAUUUCCUGUACAUACUGGUUUGGUUCCACAAUACCAUAGGCCUCUAAUUUCAACCUGGCAGCAAGUCAGUAACAGUCCUUACAUACCUGCAGCGCCAUUUUCAUUUGGCAUAAAUCCAUUUUCUGGUAUUGUGUGUCUCUAAUUUCCUGGCUCCAGACAAACCCUUUUUCCCACUCAUUGUGGGACUGAGGUUGUGCAUUUAUGCAGAUUAAGCAGUGCAAAACUGGCAGUAAUUUUGCCAUUAAAUUGCGCACAAUUUGGGAACAAUUUUCAAACUGGCAAAUGCAUGUACAGCUCAACACAAUUACAAAAAGAGACCAUUUUUCUUUUCAAACAAAGGUUGUUGUUUUUUUAUCCCUUAACCCAAAACAGAUUUAAAAUCUUCAUCUGAUCAAACCUGUUUGUUUUUAUCAUGUAAUUGGAUGAGUUUUAUCAUGAUUGUUUCAUACAGACAACACGAACAAACACAUAUUUUGAUUAUUGUUUUUGUUAAAUUGGUGCUGCUGAUAAUAUGUAUGUUCAUGUUUGACCCAAUAACAUGAAAUCAUAUCUAUACAACAUCCAAUCCAAAAAUGGAAAUCAGAAGUUAUUUCUGAAUUGUUUAUCUCUUCAUUUAUUUACACAGGCUUGUUUGAUUCUUUCACAGGGAUUAGACAAGCUGGCAUCAUUAGCGAUUAUUAAGACUGCCUCAUUCCGUUUUUUUUUUUUACUCACUCCAAGUGCAUGCUGUUCUUUGCAUCGCACUAGUUCUGGAUCAAAGAGGAAAUUUGAGGGGCUUUUUAACUAAGCAAACACUGAUUAUAGAGAAUGGAUCUAAGAGUUAUGGUUGCUGUGGUUCAUCAUCUGUUUUCUCCUUCUUUGAUUAUAGUAGUUUACUCUUUUAUUUCAAUUCAUUAUUUGAUCAUAUAUGUAUACAUAUCCACAGCUCAGAUGAUAACACAACGUGGCCUGUUUGUGUCCCCCCUCUAUCCUUCUGGUCCCACGUACGUCUUCAUUGUACAGUUUGGCUUUAGUAAAACUGUUUGUUCCUCUGCAAUAUUGGCACUAGCAUCAAUCAGCCCAAUUUAUAUAUGAUCACAAUGAUAGCAACAACAGACACAAUGGCAUGUAGUGCUUUUCUUUCUUUUUCAUAUCUGUUUCUUUUCUUUUUGCAUCUCAGGAAGAUAUUUCAUAUAAUCUUUCUUUUGUCUGUUUCCUGUCCUUAAACUGGGGCCUGUGGGGCACUUAUCACUCUAGUCCCUGUAUGCUGACACCAUGUAUUUGUUGAGUUUAAGAUCACCACCAUGUUAAUAAAAACAAUUCAGUGAUUCUUCAGUAACUUUGUCAUCUCGCUGUCAUUGGACCCUUAGACAGACGAAACACUCCUCUAUCACCAGUACUGACUUUCAAUGCUGAGAUGUAGAAAUAUGCUGCAAAUGAUCAUCCUAAAGGUUUGUUUAAGCAGAAAUAACUUCAUCGUAUGGAAUGAAAGCAUUUCAAAGCGUUUGUUUGUUGUGUUGUUUCUGUGCAGUAACAUACAUCUUAUGUGUAUCAGUCUUCAGACUGAAGGUGAUUCAAGUCACUAUAACUCCAUAAAUACAACAUUUUUACAGUAAAGACCAGGAUUAAAACUUGACAUAUGUUAGUUCAGACCUGAUGUACCAUGAUUAAAUACGGUGUUUAAUGUCAAGCUGUACAUAGAAAGCUUGAUUUGUUUAAGAACCCAAAAUGGAGGUGUUUCUCAUUGUCAGAGGGAUUUAUUAUUCAAUUUAGAGGUUUGUAUGUAUUAAAUGAAAAUUGUUGAAUAAAUAGUUGCCAAAACGGUUGCAUAAGC